UCGCCUCCUGUUUCGAGCGAGGCAGAACCUUGGUCAUCCGACCACUACCGAAAAAAAAAGAGAACAUUAUUGUCAGGCUCUUUCCAGGGGCUUCUUUAUUCUUCUUCUGUAAGGGCUGCUUUCGCGGAUAAUGUCAGUGUUUUGCCUCAUUGCUGUCGAAUCACAAGAAAAAGGCGUCAAGCAACACCCCAAAGAGACUGAACGGCCCCGGCCAUGAGCUCUGUCGCCUGCGAGGCGCACUGUAACCAAACCAAGGACUUGUACAAGGCUCGUGCUAUCUAUCUCGGCCGCUAUCCCGCCCAGCUGGGGUUGUUACAGCACAUGGCAUCGCGCUCCAACAGCACCCAGUACUGGCAGUUGUUGCAUGCUAUGGAACACUGGUCAGCCUCAUAGCAUCACGCCAACUCUUGCCCGACCGCUCCCACCAAAACACAAAACCACCAAGGAGCCGUUCAUCGACGACGCUGUUGAAAGCCGCAAGGUUCAACUAGGCUUUACCAUGGCAUUCGAGUCCUUGGCAGACUCGGAUGACCCCCGCGAUAUCGAGCUCAGCUCCUUGUCUGCCAUUUACCCCGAAAUUGAACCUGAUCCGGCCGAUGUCCGCGCCUUCUUUCUGGAGUUGCCCGUGAAGCCUGCACAGCCCGUCAAGGUCUUUUUCCCCGCGCCGGUGGCAGCCACAGUUCCGGACAUGGAGCCGGGCCAACCGCCUGCCCAGCCUAGGGAUAACACCAACGGGAAUGCAAUUGGCGAGCCUGUUCGUGAGGACUCGCACGAGCUUUCCUAUCUGCCUUCGGUUCGACUUCGGAUUUCUCUCCCGGAUUCAUAUCCAGCGGAGCUGCCACCCAGAGUUGAGCUCGGUGCCGUGCCGUCGUGGAUCCCAACUCCCCGGGUCGAGGAGCUCGUGGCAGAGUGUGCCAACCUCUGGGAAGAGCUGGGGCGGGACUCGGUUGUGUUCGCCUACAUCGACUGCAUCCAGCAGCUCGCCGAGAAUGCCUUUGGCGUGGCUGAUGAUGAGGGGACCCUGAGUGUCGACCUGCAGCACAAGAUUGCCAUAUUAGACUAUGACAUAUCCGCCAAACGCGCUGCCUUCGAGCGCGAAACGUUUGACUGCGGCGUCUGCCUCGACCCGAAGAAGGGGUCGGUCUGCCACCGCAUGCUGGACUGUGGCCAUGUCUUUUGCAGCGCGUGCUUGCAAGACUUUUACAACAAUGCGAUAAAAGAGGGCGACAUCUCCUCUGUCCGCUGUCUUUCCCCCAACUGCGCCAAGGAGCGCGAGGCCUUGGCUGCGGCUGCGGGCAUCAAAAAGAGAAAGAAGCCAAAGCUCGUCAGUCCCAGCGAGCUGCUGCAGAUUCCUCUCGAUCACGAUGUUGUAAAACGCUACGUCACGCUCAAGUACAAGUCAGAGCUCGAGUCGGAUAAAAACACGGUCUAUUGCCCUAGGUCCUGGUGCAACGGAGCAGCCAGAUCCAAGAGGCAUCGGAAGCCCGAAGGUCUUGAGUUCUCCGAGGGCUCAGACGAGUCUGGUGACGAAGCGGACGGUACGAACGCUCAGGGUUCAUCAAAGACAGCUGAGAAAGCUGUGGCCUACAACAAGACAGAAGACCUCCUGGCGAUAUGCGAGGAUUGUGACUUUGCCUUCUGCAGCCGCUGCUACCUCUCGUGGCACGGAGAGUUCUUCUGGUGCACCGCAAGACGUGAAAAGGAGGAGCUCUCGGCCGAGGAGAAGGCCUCGCUCGAGUACAUGAACCUACACACGACCCCGUGCCCUACCUGCGCCGCGCCAGCACAGAAGACGCAGGGCUGCAACCACAUGAUCUGCGGCCGGCAGGGCUGCGAGACUCAUUUUUGCUACCUAUGCUCGGCAUGGCUUGACCCAACCAAUCCGUACUCGCAUUAUAAUCAACAACCCGGCGGAAGGAUCACGGGGUGCUUCGGGCGGCUCUGGGAGCUCGAGGAAGGAGACGGCGAUGACGUCGACCUACGAUUCGCUGGAGGAGCCGCCGGUCGACGGCCUGCCCCGGCAGUGGUUGACGUCUUUGAGCCGGAGCUAGACCCGGCACUACUUAUCCCCGAGAUAGAAGAGGUCGACGACCAUGGCGAACCCAGGGACGGCGCGGUGGCCGAGGCCCAUCAAGGCCCCAACAGAGGACAUGCGCCGCCCAAUAAUAACAACAACGAGGACGGCGUUCGGAGGGGAGUGGCCUUGGAGGCUCCCUUGGUCCUUCGGAUCGACGUCGAUCCUCCCGCCCCCCCUGCGGUUCCUAUGCCACCGCCUGUCGAGGCCGCCGGAGGGAGACAGCAAAACGCACGAGGGCGAGGAGCCGGACGUGCGGGGCGCGAUGGUCAGAACGCUAGGAGAGGACGAGGGAACCAAGGCCCGAACCAGCAGCAUCGCGAUGCAGGGCCAGCACGGAACAACGCUGCUGCAGGCAGAGGGCGCGGAGGUCGAGCACCACGAGGGGCACCUGCCGGGGCAGCUCCUGCUGCUGCUGGCGGCCGGAGAGCUCCUGAGCCAGACGAAGACGGCGACGAAGACCUAGCCGAAGCCCAGCUUAACGAAGCCCAGCGAGCCUGGGUCCGACAAUUUGUGCAGAUGGCACUGAACGACCAGGAAGACCUGGUCGAAUCGGACAGCGAUGACGAGGAGGAGAUGGUGUUUUGGAUUCCAUGACGGGUGGACCGCUGCAGGUGCGGCGGUGAGAAGCAGUGAUUUACCUAGAACAGCGAUGAUAUCCAUACCCAAUACGGUACACGAUACUACAGAGGACGCGCGCGCGCACAUGCCUAAAACCAGGCGUAGGCACGACAACUAGCUGAAACUUCUCGAAUGGAAGCCUCGUCUCAAAAUACGACUUUGAAGGUUUUGGCAAGACCUGCCAACUGUCAGCUGUCAUCUCAAAAAGUCCCCGGAAUCGCGACCAUGG